AUGCUUCCCUUUAUAACACAAACUACAUCAGCAUCAAGUGCUAUUGUAGGUGUUGUUAAUACUUCGAGGAAGAAAACAAAAAACCCAGAUGAGGAUUGGAAAGACUUUUUACAUAUACCACAUGAUACAUACUGGACAUAUUGGCAGCUAAUUGCCAAAAAGCAAGUAUGCGUCAGGUCAGUGGAAACUGAACAUAAGAAAAAGAUAAAAGAUGCUAAUAAUCGAGACAUUACACCUUCUCCAAAACAUAAAAACAUCACCCCACCUUUAAAAAAUAAGAGGGUGGCACUAACUUCUUCAUCAAUAUUAUCAAGUUCUCAAGAUGAAUUGCCAAGCACUUCUACAACUAAUUCAAUUGAAAUUGACAGUAACAAAGCUGAAGAAAAUGUUGAUGCUAAAUCUUUCUCAUCUGAACUACUUAAAACCGAUGAUGACAUUAGCACUGAAAAUUUAUCUAAAUUAUCUGUAGUUGAAAAGUCACUACAAAGUAGAAAUUAUUCUGGUAAGAAAAAAACAAAAUCAAAUCAUGCAACUAAGAAACAGGCGAUGGAACAGAUUGAAUCUGACU